AUGAAGCUCUUUAAACUCGCAGCGCUGGCCGCUUCACUUCUUCUCGAAUAUGACUAUAUCGUCGUCGGCAGCGGAGCUGGAGGGCCACUCGCUUGUCGACUGGCUAUCGCGGGCCACAAAACCCUUCUCAUCGAAGCUAGAAACGAUCAAAAUGGGAAUGCUAACAUCUCAGUCUCAGGACUAAACCCUCCUUCAGGUGCGAAGCCCCUCGGAAUUCUGUACCCAUGCGCUGACAAUUCGUGGGCAGCAACGAACAUGAAUCAGUAUCUCAACAAAGUUUAUGAGUUGUUCCCAGUCAAGCCUACAUACCCAACCAUCCAAUUGUUGGACUUGAAGCUCACGCAGCAUCCGGUUUCUGGAGCAGCGGCCAUGGGAGUUGGACCAGACCCGACUGCUGCAGUGACUGGCCUUGCAAACACCCUUCUCAAAGACCUAACAGCAGAUUUCUUUCAGAUCCCUCUCAAUAUGAAGAAUGGCGCACGCACAGCAGUCCGGGACUUCAUUGCUGACACCGUUCAGGAAACAUAUCUACUCACUGUGACCCAAAACUGUCAUAUCACCAACAAUACGUUCGACACAUCCGGCGGCACUCCUAAAGCAACCGGCGUUAACUCCUUAGCCAGCAAUAACCUCUACUACGGAAGUCCUCUUAGUGUUGGUCAGGGAGCGUCAAGUUUAGCAACCGCAUCGAAGGAGGUGAUUAUUCCUGGAGGAGCCUUCAACACCCCACAACUGCUUAAACUAAGUGGCAUCGAACCAGCCGACGAACUGAGAAGAUGCACUUUCGAUUCGAAGCCAGAUGGUGCCUGCUUGACUAGGUGGCAGAACAAUCCCUAUAUUCUGGCAGCGAGAGGAGUAUAUUCAACGAACGACCUUCCAAGGGCAAUUGUCGCUCGUCCAAACUAUGCCUCCACUACCGAUAUUGACCUCUUCAUCUUUGGAGGACCUGUUGACUUCACAGGCUACUUCCCUGAUUGGAAUGAGACGGCUGUAGCUGAUCACAAACACUGGUCUUGGUACAACCUCAAAGUACACACUUGCAGCCGCGCUGGAACUGUGAAGCUGCGAAUCCCUGGCGGCGAUACAUUUGUUGAAGAGGAACCUGGACCAUCCGUGCAGCCCAGCGAGGACAUUGGCCACUACAUCAAAGACAGAGCAUGGAGUCUUCACGCGGCAUGCACAGCAGCGACCAGUGCCGAUAGUGAUUCAAAUGCGGUGCUUGAUUCGAACUUCAGGAUUCGCGGUGUACAGAACUUUCAUGUGGUCGAUGCGAGCGUUUUCCCACGAAUCCACGGAGUCUUCAUUCAAGCCCCUAUUUUCAUGAUAAGCGAGAAGGCUGUUGAUGUUAUUUUAAACGGGUAGGAAAAUAGGGUAUUUUUGUCGUUGUUAUGUUGUCAGCAGGAAGAAUGAACAGAAACAUGUUAAAUGAGGGAUCCCGAAAGCCG